AUGGAGGGCCAAAACCAGCAUUUAGAAGACCAACAGGAUGAACCAACAGACCUGGAAAGCGUUCAAAAGGAAAGCUUGGAGGACUUGCCUUCUCAGCCGCCACUAGAUGCAGUGCCUGAUAUACUCAGGGAUGCAUCCCACAUCGCAUUUGACCCUGACGGUUCUCAGGAGCAAUUCCAUCACGACGCCGCGUCGAAGCCUCUGGAAUCGGAUCCGGACGACCCUUUGGUGCGCACGGUGAAUGACGUCGAGGCGGAUCUUUUCCCUCCGCGAAGGGACCCCCACCCCGAUUCGCACGCGCGCACCGCCCCAUCCCACGCCCCCUCUGCGCAAACGCACCCAUCGCCUCAUGCGAUGCAGCCCGCUUCGAUGACUUCGCCCUCCCCGGAUGAAAGGGGCAAGCCGACCGCGCAGGCGCGCAAACCCUCCCUGCCGGAUCGCCGACGUCCCUCUGCGGGGAUCGUCCGACUGGCCUCGCCACCCCCCCCAGAUGGGGUUGAAAUCACCACCCUCGGUCGAAACGGCCUUCGCUACGCGAUCGGGCCGGUUUUUAACGCCGAAAACCUCUCCACGCGGGAGGAACACGCGCGAUUUCGUCAUCGCAACCGCGUCUCCGCGAAUUACCUCGGCCCUCUUUACGUUUCGGAGGAUAUCCAUGUGGCCUGUCAUGCCUGUGGGGGCCCGGUGGAUCCGAUUUCGCGGGUUCCCGUCGGGCCGUUUUUUUUCCAUCUUCAUUGCGUUCGCUGCGUGUUGUGCGCGCGGACAGGGGUGACGGAGCCUUUUCAGGCCGUGCAAGGGGAGCCGGUGUGUGGGGCCUGCCUCGCGAAAGGGUUCGCGCCCUGCGUGGGGAAGGAAAAAGGCCGACGCGGCGAGCGGGAGCUGUCUGGGAAGCUCAAAAGAAGGAAAGCGGGGGGAAGUCGGGGUGGGAAUCGGAAGGGGAGCGGGCUAGAGAGGGAGUCGGCCUAUCCAGGCGCGACGCGGCCAACCACCGCCGCCGCCCCUUCCCGGGUUGGGGAGGAGGCGCUACCGGUGUUGAAUCGCGCGAUGAUGCAGGGCGCAACGGCCCCUUCGUUGAGCAUCGGCCCCCUUCAUAACCGUCGUAAUACCAGCCGACGAAGUUUCAUGCUCAUGCAACGGCAGCAGUACUACACGCAGAGUGAUCUCAACCUGAUUGCGGCGAAGGAGUUGAUGAACAUGCCCGAGGAGCGAUCCAAUCGGCGUGGCUCGAAACGAAUUGGUUUCAAAGGAGGGACCGCUUUGCCAGGCACGGGAAUGAGGGCCACGGCCGGGAUAGAGGACGAAUUCCCAUUACUAGAAUGA